UUCACUGUGUAUGAUGGUCACAUCAGGCAGUUUGUGGGGUGAUAGUUGAUAGUAAUUUAUAGAGAAGUACUGAUUUGCUUUAAUACAGUAACCUAUGGCAAUUGGGCAUUUGCAUCAUCGACUAACCUGCUCUGUUCCAAUGAAAGCUAACUGCUGCCUGAUUACUAUGGGUUACAGCACUGAAUCAAACCUGAAGGUACAAUAUUGGAUUAAAUUAGUAGAUAUAAUAAUCUGACAAUCACACAAUGCUUCCCAUAGAAAUGAAUAGAAUGUGGGUGGGUUUUUAUGUAUUAAGCUCUAAACUCAUGAUAAAUCUGCCCCUAAGUGAAGCCUCCUUGUUUUCUACCCUUAUUUUACAAAGUGUAUCUAACAGAACUACUACUGGCUACAAAACACUGUAAAAAAAACUUCAGUUGGAGUUUCACUUCUCCAUUGCCCAGCCAGUAACUAGGAAUUCAAAACCAGUCCCAAGUGUGCAUUUUCGACACCUUCCUCUUCAGAAACAAGGUUUGUUUUGAUGGCAUCCAUCAGAAAUACACUUGCAACUCAAAACAGGCAAAUCAUUCCGGAGCGGAGAGGGAAGAGAGCUACCAAAAUGGCUUGCGUGCUGGCCAUAGGGAGCAUUUUAUUUGUGUGGAUCCUUGGAAAAGGAAAAUAUUCAGGUGCCCAAUUAAUAUACAGGAUGGCAAUCAAUUUUGCCAUUAGCCAAGGCUGCUGUCUUGUAACAUGCGCAUGUGAACUCACUGAAGAAAUUAAGCAUUUGCACACCAGAUACAAUGGACAUUACUGGCGGGCACUGAAAGCAAGCUUCAACCUGAGCUGUGCUGCAUUUGUAACUGCCAUCCUGUGUUACGUAUUCUAUGAACCAAAACUAAUGGCCAGUUUGCCUCUUACCAUUGACAUAACCCUGACUCUGCUCUCCUGGUUGUUUUGCUGGAUUCUUGGGAUUCAGGGCCCAACUCCUGCAACAAUUUCAGAAAUUACUGAGAUAAAGCAACUGAAUGUUGCCCAUGGGCUAGCGUGGUCUUAUUACGUUGGAUACUUGCAGUUUGUCUUACCAGCGUUAAAAGAAUCCAUACAAAAAUUCAAUGAAGAAAACCACAACUUACUGAAGUUUCCAGAAACCUGCAGGCUGCAUAUCUUGAUUCCAUUAAGCUGCAGAUUAUACGGAGACCUAAAAGACGUAGAUGAGAAUAUCACGUUUCUGAAGGAGAUUCCCCCGCUUUACAUUGACCGUGCAGGGAUUAAAGGAAGAGUGUUUAAAAAUAAUGUGUAUCGUAUUUUGGAUGAAGAUGGUCGGCCCUAUAACUGCAUUGUGGAAUAUGCUACCCCGCUGGCGUCCUUGCUUAAAAUGACAGACAUACCGAGCGCUGCCUUUAGCGCAGAUGAUCGGCUCCAGCAAACAAAACUUUUCUAUCGGACACUGAAGGAUAUCUUAGAAAAUGCACAUGAAUUACAAAAUACCUAUCGAUUGAUAGUCUAUGAGGAUUUCCCAGAAACUAAGGAUCACAGCCGGCACUUGCUAUCACAAGAAAUUCUAAAGCAUAUAAGGCAACAGCAUUCUGAAGAAUACAGCAUGCUGUAAUGGAAUCUAGUAACUGUAUAUCCACAUCAUUCCGACCCAUUGACAUUGGAUGGACUUUUAUGGAUAUUUUUAUUGGAUGUAUCCCACUGGAUUAAAUUUUAUGGCUACUUUGUAAAAUAAAAAGAACAAGAUAAUCCAAAGUUUUUUGGGGUUUUUGUUUGUCUUGUUGGAGUGUCAGCAGUGGAGUACCUCAAUCAUCAUCACCUGAGUGAUGCUAUAACAAGAAAAUUCAGAUAUGAAAUUACUGGUGACUGAACCAGAGAGCAAGCUAAUUUAAAAAUUGAAAAAUGUUACCCUCUUCGAGGUAAAAGCCGUAGUGUGCCUUCAAAGGCAAGGGGCAGUUGGUCUUCAUUGUGGAUCGACAAAGACAGGAUUUACAGAGGCUGGACUUGAAGGACACAUGACUACAGUAUAUAGCCACAAGUAUUUAUCCACCUCUGUGUGCUCCAUAUCCGUAUCUGUCAUGUCAGGAGUGACUUUGCAGUUAAUGUAGGGCUUAUACAUAUAAAGGGCAAUGAAUUGUGGUGCAGUUCAAGUUUUCUGGCAACUGAAGACUUUAAACUUCUGAAACACAGCUACAAUGAAAUCUAUUUUUACAAUCUGACCCUGGGUUUUGCUACUGGACAACUGGACUGGACCACCCUGCAGCUCACUGUGUGAGUAUAAAAACACCAGGGCUCAUUUCCUAAUGAAAAGGAGUGCAGUGUGCAAAUUUCUUAAUGAUUUUUCCCGACAGCGCAGAGUCUUUUUUCUCCAUAAUUCCAACAUAAUAACGGUUGUGUUGUGUCUGACACAAUUGCACAUCAAUGGGAAUCAGACAGAGUUGUAUGGAUUUUGCCAUUUCUGGCACUCGGUCUAACAAUUACAUCUGUGCCCAAUCAUCUUAGCUGCAAGUGCACUGCACUCAGAGCCAGGCCGAGCAGACUGGGUGCCCUAGGCAACCUGGUCAGCUACAUAUGCACAGUGAUGCGUGGCAGUGGGGGGUAAGAACCCGGACUAGGGAUAGGCAGCCAGAAGUGGCACGUGCCUAGUGCCCCCCAUACACUGUUCCACCCCAGGCACAUGCCUUCUCUUCCUAGUUACAGCCCUGGCUGCACUGACUGACAUAGGUGUGGGAAUGCUGGAGAGGUAAAUUCACUGCUUUGUGUGACCAACUGCAUUUAGUGGUUGCAAAUGAGCACUAUGGAUAUGUAGCCUUUUUUCUAUGUUACUAUAUUAUUGUAAUUGGUUUACUUAGACUGUAAGCUCUACGGGGCAGGGACCUCCUUCCUACUGU